UUCAGGUCGUUACCAUGAAAUGUCAAUGUAUUUCUAAACGUAAACAAGUCGCAGUUUUACGCUACCUUCACUUUGAGGUUCUUUCAAUUCCCUCUUCAAAAAAUUGACACAACAAAAUGUCUAAGAGAGGACGUGGUGGUUCCGCGGGAGCGAAAUUCCGCAUCUCGCUGGGUCUCCCAGUGGGUGCCGUCAUAAAUUGCGCAGACAACACGGGUGCCAAGAACCUGUAUGUCAUUGCUGUACAAGGUAUCAAGGGUCGUCUGAACAGAUUACCAGCGGCUGGUUCAGGUGACAUGAUUGUAGCCACCGUCAAAAAGGGUAAACCAGAACUCAGGAAAAAGGUAAUGCCAGCGGUGGUGAUUCGGCAGCGGAAACCGUUCAGAAGGAGGGAUGGGGUGUUUAUAUAUUUUGAGGACAAUGCGGGUGUCAUUGUUAACAAUAAGGGUGAAAUGAAAGGUUCGGCGAUCACAGGCCCCGUGGCUAAGGAAUGCGCUGACCUUUGGCCCCGUAUUGCAUCGAAUGCCAGCUCGAUAGCUUGAAAAAUAUAUGGAUAAGGAUAAA